AUGUCGAAGGAUGCAGUUCAAGAAGCAGUUGAAGAUGAAGUCUCUACUACAGCUGUUUUUAGAGACACGAAUGACACACAGGUCGAAACUCAAACUGGCGAAGGUGCUGGUGCGGAAAUCCAAUUGGAAACUUCAGACAUUGGCAAACUGGCUAGCACAGCUGUAAAUACUCAGAUCGAUGGUUCUGCUUCCAAGAAAUCUAAUGUGGAAGUUGGUCAACAAGACAUAAAGAAUGAAUGCAAGGGUAAGAACCUGAAAUGCGGAUCACAAUUGGCUCAUCUAGAGACCUCACUCGCAACGCUUGAGGAGAAAAUUAUGAUGUAUUCAGUCCAAAACUUACAAGAAAAAGUGCAAGUUGACUCACCUGCCACGUCCGGGAGUGCAGUUGUCGAUAAAGCGUUCAGUCUACUUGAAAAAGCGAUCACGGAUAUCAAACGACUUCAAACUAAGGUUAAUUUUUAG